GGGGAGGUUUAUUUUGGUGUGGCAAUUCCGGAACAGGAGGACUCUCCUCGGGAUUCGGUGUCCUACUUGACAGCGGAUUCGCAUCGCAGACGGAGAUUGCUUGUGCGCCAAGUUUCUCGCCGUACAAAUCCGGGCAUCACUUUUCCUCUUUCUCCUGCAUGUUUGGUGCCAGUCUGCUGCCAUUCUUCGUUGACGGUCUCACCGCCUUCCUCUCGGUGUCAUCUAUUUACUGCCAGCAUGGCUUUAUCUAAGAUCGCCAAGACCGCAUUCAGCCGAUCUCAGGGUAGAAUAGCCGCCGAGAACUGCGUGCACCGGAUGGGGCUUCUCCGCCGCGGCCUUCCUGCUAGUCAACCUUACCACACUUUGCUUCCGAGUAUGAUGGCAAGCGAUGGCUUCUCUCGCAUCAGGAGAGCCGAUGUUUUCGGUGUCGAAAGCAGGGGAAUCAGCCACACCCCGUCCCGCGAAUACCCGCCUUCUGCUCAGGCGAUCGAAGAUGAUUUGUAUGUGGAGGCUGAUGGUGGUGCGAGGCUGCCAGGAUUGGAGCCUACGAAGCCUGGUGAGAAGCCGAGGGUGGUGGUUCUCGGCACCGGAUGGGCUGGCUGCCGGUUCCUCAAAGGACUGGACGCCAAGCUUUAUGACAUCGUCUGCAUCUCUCCCAGGAACCACAUGGUCUUCACGCCCCUGCUUGCUUCUACCUGCGUUGGCACGCUCGAGUUCCGCUCGGUAGCUGAGCCGGUGGGCCGGAUCCAGUCUGCUCUGGCCGGAGCCCCUGAUUCCUUCUUCUACCUGGCAAAUUGUACGGGGAUCGACACGGACAAGCACGAAGUGCAUUGCGAGUCUGUCCCAGGCACCGGGCUGCCUUACGACCCCUACCGCUUCAAGGUUGCGUAUGACAAGCUGGUUAUCGCGGCCGGUGCAGACCCUCUAACCUUCGGCAUCAAAGGAGUACAACAACAUGCAAUGUUUCUCCGUGAAGUGCACCAUGCUCAAGAGAUACGAAGGAAGCUUCUUUUGAACCUGAUGCUCUCCGAGUCUCCGGGCAUAUCAGAAGAAGAGAAGAAGCGUCUUCUCCACUGUGUUGUCAUAGGAGGUGGCCCGACCGGAGUAGAAUUCAGUGGUGAACUGAGUGACUUCAUCAUGAGAGAUGUACGCCAGAGAUAUUCUCAUGUAAAAGAUCACAUUCAAGUGACUCUCAUAGAGGCAAAUGAGAUCCUAUCAUCGUUCGACAUCGGAUUGAGGCAGUACGCAACAAAUCACUUGACGAAGUCUGGAGUUCGUCUCGUGCGAGGUGUGGUGAAAGAGGUGCUGCCGGAGAAGAUACUCCUAAGCGACGGAAGUUGUGUUCCUUAUGGUCUGCUCGUUUGGUCCACCGGAGUCGGGCCCUCCGAGUUCGUGAAGUCGCUCGACCUUCCCAAGGCUCCGGGCGGAAGGAUCGGAGUCGAUGAAUGGCUUCGCGUUCCAUCCGUGGAAGACGUAUUUGCACUGGGAGAUUGCGCAGGUUUUCUGGAACACACAGGGAAGCCGGUUCUUCCUGCCCUGGCUCAGGUUGCUGAGAGGGAGGGCAAAUAUCUCGCCAACAUGUUCAACGAGAUUGGGAAGCAGAACGGUGGCAAGGCGCACUGCGCCAGGAACAUCACCAUGGGGGAUCCCUUCGUCUACAGGCACCUCGGAAGCAUGGCGUCCGUUGGGCGCUACAAAGCACUGGUCGAUCUAAGACAGAGCAAGGACGCCAAGGGCAUCUCCAUGGCCGGGUUCAUCAGCUGGUUCAUAUGGAGGUCUGCCUACCUGACGCGUGUGGUAAGCUGGAGAAACAGGUUCUACGUCGCGGUGAAUUGGGCCACGACUCUGGUAUUCGGCAGGGAUAACUCCAGGAUUGGAUAGGUCCAUCGAUCGCAAUGCUGCACGCCGCGGAGGCAGCCAAGUUUUGGGAGCAAAAAAAUCCUACGCUCGAAAUCAUCAUUUUGUUUUGUUUUGUGUUUCUUUCUGCUCAAUUUUUUUAAUCCAAAAGAAUUUAUUUGUCGUAUUUAUAUAAAAAAAAUCCUCUAAAAUUGAUAAUAAAAUCUAUAUGUUGGUUUCUGAUUA